AAUUCUUUCGGAAAAUGGAAGCUUUAAAUUUAUUGUGGCAACUUGUUGUUUCUAUAGUGAUCAUGAAGGUAGCUGUUGCAGAAGAGUGCAUUAGAUUCCAUGAACAUAGGGAAGAGAUCCUGGCGUGCUGCAACUAUACCCUGCCUUAUUCUCGGGCCGUUUUUAAUCAAUGCGCUAAACCAGCAGCAGAAAAAACCGGAACAAAUAGAGCAGAACUUUUAUCGUGCAUUAUUGAAUGUCGUUCCAUCCGGCUCGGAUUGAUUGUCAAUAAUACGCUCAACCUUGAUAAAGUAUCCGAAUAUCUGCAGCCGAUGAGUGAGGACGUUCGGAGCACGGUUAUCGCAGCGUACAGAAAAUGUGAUGCUAAAACAACUGGAUCACAAAGCGUAUGCCAUUCAUAUGCAGUGGAUCUUGAAGUUUGCACUCUGGAAGAGAUCCACCGACAAUGCCCGGAUGAGCUUUAUAAUCCGAGUGAAUUAUGCGACAAGAGAAGGGCAGGCGCCGAAUUCUGCUCAAGGUAAAAUGAAAAUAUUGCCAACCAGGAUGGUCCAACAUAGAAUAAAGUUUAUUCCUCAUUCACAG